AUGUGGAAUGGUUAUCCGAAAGCAUUUAUAAACCGAUGCUUACGCAUUCGGCCCCGGAGGACCCAAAUUGAAGUCUCAGAAGUGACUGAGCGCAUCGCUGCGGAACAAGGUGUUGGAAUUUCACACAUAUCCAAGACUUCUAUGCGCAACCGGGUAGUUAAAAUAAAAGACCGACCGAACUCCAAUGAACAAUGCUUAAGCUGUCCUUGUAACUAUACAGGACAAACUGAACGCAUGCUCGGUUCGCGUAUUCACGAAAAUAAACUGGCUGUCAGCCGGGCUGACACAUUGACACAAGUGGUGGCCCACAACUACAGAACGGGUCACGAGUUUAACUUCGUAGCUGCGACGAUAAUCGCCCACGCCGGCAGCAAGAUAAGCCGAGAAUUGCUUGAAGCCUGUGCAUGGGAUGAGAAUUCAGUCAAUCGAUAUAUCGAUCUGGUGCCGGCAUGCAUCGCUCUCCGCAGGCAUAUUCACACUGGUGAUGAGUCCCCUGCCCCGUAUAGCGGUUGA